AUGUCCUCACCACUCGACAUGACGCGUAGGCCAAGGCCACCAAGCACAGCACCAGCCACACCAUCCCGCCUCUCGGUGGCGAUACAAGCGCCGCUGUCGUCGAGCAAGAGGGCGAUGCCAUAUUUGGACGCAGCAGAUGAGAAUGGGUCAUCAUCAUCGUCGACAGCAGCAGCAGCAGCAGCAGCAGCAGCAGCAGCAGCAGCAGCAGCAACGCCCACGGCAUCACAGCGCGGACGACCCCGCGGCUGGAAGCCGGGCAUGUCCUACUCCGAGCUCCGCGGUCGUCCGCCACCGCCGGCAAGGGCAGAGCGUGCGGCGCGUCCAGCACCGGGGCAGAUGGUCAUGAGGGGCAGGCGGGGCGGUGGUCGCAGGGCGGGCAGGAGGCUGAGCUCGCCCACUCCGCGGGAGGUGUACCGUCGGAUGCGGGAGGCGCCGUUCAUCCCGUACACGUGCGAGUGGCAGGGCUGCAAGGCCGAGCUGCACAAUCUCGGGACGCUGAGGCGGCACGUGAAGGUUGUGCAUGUCGACCGGAGCAGCGACGGACGAUGUCUAUGGGGGCGCAGGUGUGCGGCUGCUGCUGCUGCUCCUGCUGCUCCUGCUGCCACUGCUGCCACUGCUGCCUCUGCUGCCGCGCCGGGGGGCGCCGGUCUGGCAGGUCAUGUCGAGGACAGGCACAUGGUGCCGUAUGCCUGGCACGUCGGUGACGGCCCGCGAAACGACAGUCUGCACGGAAAGAGCGGCGGCCGACGACGGAGCGAGGGUACGGUCGAUGUGGACGAGUCUAUCCCCCACUAUCUCAAGGAUGCGGAGGGGAACCAGGUCACGCCGUCGGUCAGGGAUCAGGAGGUGGAGGAUUAUGCUACGUGGAGGAGUAAUCGCCGCAAAUUGAGGGAGAUGCUCAUCGAGAGGGACAGGAACCUUCCCUCCGAGUCGGAGGAUGACGAGGAGGCUCCCGAGUGA